UGCGAGCAGCGUAGCCAUUCGUUCGUGGACGUGCUGAUCACGAUGGAACCGUCGUCGUCAUCAUCGUCAUGGUUAUUUUCAUCACCUUUCGCGUUUUUGCUCACCACUUUGGUCAGCAUCGGCGUGUUGAAGGCCAUCGCUGUUGUAUACCAUCAGUGCAUGUACUGGAAGAAACGGGGUAUCCCGUACAUAGGCACGGUUCCAGGCCUUGGAUCGUCCUGGAAAGUGUUUCUGCGACGCAUGAGCUUCGUUGAGUACAGCGAUUUAACCUACAAACAUGAACCAGACGCAAAGUACAUCGGCCUCAUGGACAUGGCCACUCCUCUCGUCCUCUUGCGCGACCCUGAUUUGAUCAGGGACGUGAUGGUGAAAGAUUUCGAGCACUUCCCAGACCAUAAGAGCUUCGCAAGCGAAGAGGUAGAUCCGUUGUUCGGUAAGAACGUCUUCUCCUUGCGUGGCAAUCGCUGGAAAGAGAUGAGGAACACGUUGAGCCCUUCCUUUACCGCCAGCAAGAUGAAGGCCAUGUUUGAGCUAGUGUCCAAGUGUUCCUGUCAGUUCGCCGAGUAUUUGGCUGAUCAUCCGGAGUUGUGCACUUCCAUCGACACGAAGGAAGUCUUCAGGCGGUAUACCACAGACGUGAUCGCCACGUCGGCCUUCGGCAUCAGUGUCAACUCCAUGAAGGACCGGAACAACGAAUUCUUCAUCAGGGGACUCGAGGCUACCGACUUUGGUAGCUUCAAGUCCUUGCUAAAGUUCAUAUUUCUCCGCGCUUCUCCGCGAUUGGGGAAGAUGCUGGGCAUGAGCUUCUUCCCGCCGGCUACGUCGCAGUUCUUCAAAAGGAUCGUGGCGGAGACUAUCAAAGUCCGCGAAGAGCAGGGUAUCGUUCGACCGGACAUGAUUCACUUGCUGAUGCAAGCUCGGGACAAGGAAGGCCCCAAUGUGCAUGAGAUGACCUUGGACGACAUUGUAGCGCAAGCCUUCAUCUUCUUCUUCGCCGGCUUCGAGACGUCCGCGACACUCAUGUGCUUCGUCGCCCAUGAGCUCGCAGUUCAUCAGGACAUCCAAGAUCGCUUGUGGGAGGAGGUGGAGAGGCACUUCGCCGAGGGUAAUGGUGAGAUCACGUAUGAGGCAAUGUCGAAGAUGGUUUACAUGGACAUGGUAGUGUCGGAGGCUUUGCGAAAGUAUCCGCCGGUGAUCUUCAUCGACAGGCUCUGCGCCAAGAGAUACGAGCUUCCGCCGGCGAAGCCCGGCUGCAAGAGCGUCAUCAUCGAGCCCGAUUCCAUGACUUGGACACCUGUUUACGCGCUGCACCAUGACCCCAAGUACUUUCCGAACCCCUCCAAGUUCGACCCUGAGAGGUUCAGUGAAGAGAACAAGGACAAUAUCGUACCAUAUACUUAUGUGCCCUUCGGCCACGGACCCAGAAAGUGCAUCGGCAAUCGCUUCGCUCUCAUGGAGACGAAGCUGUUGAUAGCUCACCUUAUUCACAGGUUCGUCUUCAAGACCACGGAGAAGACCUCCGAGCCCAUCGUGUUCGACAAAAAGCAGUUUGCGUUGUUGCCCGAGAAGGGAUUCUGGAUCGCCUUGGAGAAGAGGCAGAAGUGAAAUCGUUUAUUGUAGUAGGUGAGGGGGGGGGAAUAGUUUAUUCUACACCGUAGUUGUUUAGUCGUUCUAUAAUUAGGAUAUUCGACAUGCGUAUGUAAACAAGACUGCUCUCGAAUGCGAUCGAAAUCUACGAACUGGUUUAAUUGCGACGCGAAGGUCUAGCGUAAAUGUGUAUUUUCUUCCGCUUGCGUGUUACAUAUUUGUUUCUUGCUAAUGAGAAUUAUAUGUAUGUGUUUUCUAUUCUGCCAGUGAGGAAGGUCAAGGGAAGACUAGGUAUCAUGUUGAACACAGUGGCAAAAUGCGUAGAUUGUCGAGUUUGCGUCACUCGUUAGCUUGAAAUGACUAUUACGUAACCCGUGUUUAUGGACUAAUGGAAUAUUAAAGUGUCAAAGUAAAGUCUUAUUGCUGUGAGACGUUCCAUUCGGGCCCAUGAAAGAGGAUGUCGUUAUUACCGCGAUAUAUAUCCGUUGCUGCGACAUAUAUUCUCAUUUCGUUUUUAACAUGAGGAAAAGGGAAACAUUAAAAUUGAAUUUAUCCGAUAUUAUUUUUGACACGGAACAUUUCUAAAGUACGGCAGAAGCGAGCAGCCGUUGUUUCGGUUCGUUCAUUGUUGCUCCCAUGUCGCUUACGUAAUCCACGUAAUACGAAUAAUUCGAUGACAGUGCAGCUCGAUGUUUUCCUUAACAGUCCAAAGCUCGAUCUUGCCACGUAUCAGUCGUGAGAGAGGACGUUUCACAUCAGUGAUCGUCGCUCGUUAGACAUGACUCAUCCUCUGGAAUUAGAUAGCAAGUUUAUGAGCACAGAAAAACAGUAGGUCGAGUAAUUGAGAGACAUCUUGACUAUUCCAUUGCAAAAAUAACAAUUACAGGUUAACUGGCUUAAUAUUUUUAUAUCUCAUCGAUAAAAAAAUGUAUAUUUCAUUCUUAUCAUCUCUUAUCAAGAUAUCUCUUAUUAAUGUAUAUAGAACAGUGCAGAUUACAGAACACGAAAGAAGUAUUUGCAAAGGUAUUCGAAAGCAAAUUUAAUUAAUGAUUAUGAAAAUAUACAUAUUAAAUUUUAAAAAUAUUGUUUCUUUCUCAAUUUUCACUCGUCAACUCAUGAGAAAAGUGCAGAUAGAAAUCUUCGAGAAAUAAUUCCUUCAGAGAGAUUUCGACAAGAAUCGUGAUUUUCGCAAAAAUGCUGUCGGAAAUUACAACUGGAUUGAAUUUGUAAUAUGCAAUACAGAGUGUUGAGAAUAUAGGAAUAUCAUUUUUAUGAUGCUAUUAAUUCGUGAAAGAGCGCUGAAAUUUUCCACACGUCGAGAUAAUGCAUUCUGAACUGCUUGUGCUCUGUGAAUAUUUGUAUCGUCAUCUAUGAUCGAUUAACUAUCAUUGACACUUCCGAGAAAUAUAUAUUUACACACUU